CACUUUGUCUUCUGUCUGGGCUUGUUCUGUAGUUGCUUUGGGUGUUUCCUAUUUGCAGGCUCACUGAAAAUACUAAGUAUGUCAAGCCAUACCUCAAAAAAAGAAAAGCGGUUUCUUUUUACCUCAGAAUCUGUUGCAGAAGGACAUUCUGACAAAAUGUGUGAUCAGAUAAGUGAUGCUGUUCUAGAUGCUCAUCUCAGUAUUGAUCCAGAUGCCAAGGUUGCCUGUGAAUGUGUGGCGAAAACUGGAAUGAUUUUGCUUUGUGGAGAGAUCACAUCCCGGGCUAUUGUAGAUUACCAACAAAUAGUAAGAGAGACCCUUAAGAGGAUAGGGUAUGAUGACUCUUCUAAAGGACUGGACCAUAAGACUUGUACAGUUCUAGUGGCCUUGGAGCAACAGUGUAAAGAGAUCAAGCAUGCUGUCUCCCAUGGCAAGAGUGAUGAUGACAUUGGAGCAGGGGAUCAGGGUCUAAUGUUUGGCUAUGCUACUGAUGAAACUGAGGAAUGCAUGCCCUUAACAAUCCUCCUGGCACACAAGCUCACUGCAAGGAUAAAGGACCUGGAACGGAAUGGAACCUGGCCCUGGGUUAGACCAGACGGAAAAACACAGGUCACUAUGGAAUACAAGGAGAGUGAUGGAGCAGUGGAACCCAUCCGAGUGCAUACAGUUGUGAUCUCAGUACAUCAUGCCCCAGAUGUACCUUUACAACACAUACAGAAGGAGCUAAUGGAGAAAGUUGUUAAAGAAGUCAUUCCAGAGAAGUAUCUCGAUGAAGGCACAAUUUAUCAUCUCCUUCCAAGUGAGAAGUUUGUAGAAGGUGGUCCUAAGAGUGAUGCUGGUCUGACUGGCAGGAAGAUCAUUGUUGAUACCUAUGGAGGUUGGGGAGCCCAUGGUGGAGGUGCUUUCUCUGGAAAAGACCCUUCCAAAGUUGAUCGUUCUGCCGCAUACGCAGCUCGAUGGGUAGCAAAGUCUCUGGUGAAAGCUGGUCUCUGUAAAAGAGUAUUAAUCCAGCUAUCGUAUGCUAUUGGUCUGAGUCAUCCUCUUGCGAUCUCAGUGUUUCAUUAUGGAACCUCAGACAGAUCUGAAGAAGAGCUGCUUGAGAUUGUACAGAAAAACUUUGAUCUACGCCUUGGAGCUAUAAUAAGGGAGCUGGAUUUGAAGAGGCCAAUCUAUCAAAAAACAGCAUGCUAUGGGCACUUUGGGAGAGAAGAAUUUACAUGGGAAAUACCCAAAAAGCUUGUUUACUAAGCUUUUUGGAAUGCUUCAGAUCACUGACAGGUGGUUUAACAAUCAGGUACCACUCCAAGCUGUUCAUAUAAAGACUGCACCUCCUUUUGUUUCACAAUGACACCCCGUAGCUAAUAGAUGUGCUAAAAAUCGUAAGUAUUCAAAUUCUAACUUUCAUAGGGGCCCUGUGCUUCAAAUGCAUGCAGCUCUGUCUAACAUAGUCCAGCUUUGUCUUUGGUAACAUGACCAAUUUAGGCCUUCGGCUGUGACCAGAAUUUAAGUGCACAGAUGAUUAUGGGAAAUAAAGUCAGCGCAGUACUGCCAGGGAAGCUGGCUGCUGCUUACCCAGUUAACUUUGUGUUGAAGUGGGUGAGGUACCUUCCAACAGCCCUCUGCAAAAGGAAAACAGCAAUAGAUCUGCUUGUCUUAAUGCUUUGAGCAGUGACUUCUACAACUACCGUUUCCUUUGGUACAGGUGAGUUAGUAGAAAUACUUAUUUCAGAACACAGUCACCUUAAUUCUCAAUGAAGUAAGAUCUGAGUUAGUGUUGUAUUUGCUUGGAAUGUGGUGAUUUUGUAAUCAGCUUUGAGUGUUGUAAUUCUUUUACUUGUUUAUUGUUACUCCUUUAAAACUGCAGUUUUCCAUGUCUGUGUGAGCUGGAAAUGAUUUGGUUAAGUUUCACUGAGCCACUGAAUGAAAUAUGGAGGCUUUUUGUAAAAACUAAUUGGAGGGCAUUACCUUCUUUCGAAUUCUCUAGCUGGAAGCACAAAUUGAAGAAAAAAAUCAAAGACAUUCAGGUUUUUUUUUUAAGUACUGGAAAAUAUGAAAGGUCUCAUGCACAGGAAGCUGUACUACAUGUCUAAUCUCCACGUCUUCUAUCCAAAUAUUUUAGCAGAUUUUCUAAUAACUAUUUACAUGUGGUGGCUAAUUUGCCCAGUGUAGAAUUGUUUUGUUUAAAGCAAACAGAAAAGAUGCUACACCUCUGCUAAAUUUUGUUGUGCUUAAUACAAUACCAAAGACGAAGCAAUUGCUCCACAAAAUCAAUGAACAUCUUUUCAAAUGUUCCCAUUAUCAUUCUAGAAAUGAAUUACUUAAACUGUGGCUUCAGAAAUGAAAAAUGAUGCCCAGAGCAGACAUGAGCAGCAAGACUGCUGAAAAUUUAGCUAAAUUAAAAUGUUGCCUAUGUGGAAGAAUAAAUUAAAAUAUUUUUAUUUCCAAAUGUUGCAACUGCUGCUUUAUUAUACAUUGUUAAUUUAGUAUCAAAUAAGCAGGCUCUUCUUUGAAAUUCAUGGCUACAAUAUAUUGUGUAAAUCUCUCAAAAUAUAGUGGCUCAUAAUCUAUGUAAGAAAUAAACUAUAAUUACACACCAGAAACACAUAAUAGUUUGUGCAUUGUAUUUUAUGACUUCAUACAGAGAAGCAAGCUGUAUGGAUAUUCUGCUAAUAAAGUUGCAUGAAUUAAAAACCAUGUUAUAGUAAAAUUAUUUGUGUAUAACACUCAU